CCCGGGCUGCGGUUUGUGCCCCUCUGCAGAAAGGGGCUUCACCUGACUGGAUGGCAACGAAAGCACCAAAAACUAUUUUAAAGAAAGGUUAGAAGUUGAUUGAUCUCAAACUGAAGUGAACUGGAAGCAGAUUAGUUGAAACCAAAGAAAAUGACCAUUUGUUUGUGAGAAUUUUACUGAAAGAAUCUAGUUUAUGUAACAGCUUAAAAAGCAGAGAUAUAAGUACAUACGCUUUUAGUUUGGCUGAAGCGUACACAUACAUGGACUGACAGCUCAGGAGGAUAAGUAGAUGAUUUUCAGGAGAAGGAUGAACUGAAAACUAUAAGUGAAGAAUUACAUCCAGCACCAAAUAAUCUUCACAAAUGUACCGCAGUUAUUAUUUCUCCAGCCUUGUGUGGCUCUUUCUUCUAUGUCAAGGAAAGUUUAUUUUGUGUCAAAAAGUUCACAGCGCUGACUAUCCAGUUGCAUCCUACCUCCCUGGAUUUGGAAACCUUACUAAGGGAUACAACAAAUAUCUACGGCCAAAUUUUGGUGGAAAACCUGUGACAAUAGCAAUGACCCUUGACGUUGCAAGUAUUUCCAGCAUUUCAGAAAGUGAUAUGGACUAUACUGCAACAAUAUAUUUGCGACAACGCUGGACCGAUCCCCGUCUCGUUUUUCAGGGAAACCGAAGUUUUACUCUGGACGCCCGGCUGGUGAAAUAUCUGUGGGUACCUGACACUUAUAUUGUGGAGUCAAAAAGAUCUUUCUUACACGAAGUUACAGCAGAGAAUCGGCUUAUACGCUUGUUCUCCAAUGGGACAGUCUUGUAUGCUUUGCGAAUCACCACCACUGUUGCAUGUAACAUGGAUCUGUCCAAAUAUCCACUGGAUACACAGACUUGUAAGCUGCAGAUGGAAAGCU